AUGGCCUCCAACUACACCGUCCGCAAGGUUGCGGCUCCCAACACCCUCGAGCACCGAGUCUACAUCGAGAAGGAUGGCCAGCCCGUUUCUCCUUUCCAUGAUAUUCCUCUCUAUGCCAACCAGGAGCAGACCAUCCUGAACAUGGUUGUCGAGAUUCCUCGAUGGACCAAUGCCAAGCUCGAGAUCUCCAAGGAGGAGCUCCUCAACCCCAUCAAGCAGGAUAUCAAGAAGGGCAAGCUUCGAUACGUCCGAAACUGCUUCCCCCACAAGGGUUACCUCUGGAACUACGGUGCCUUCCCCCAGACUUGGGAGGAUCCCAACUCCGUUCACCCUGAGACCAAGGCUAAGGGUGACAACGACCCUCUCGAUGUUUGCGAGAUCGGUGAGCUCGUUGGUUACACUGGCCAGGUCAAGCAGGUCAAGGUCCUCGGUGUCAUGGCUCUCCUCGACGAGGAGGAGACUGACUGGAAGGUCAUUGUCAUUGAUAUCAACGACCCUCUCGCCUCCAAGCUGAACGACGUCGAGGAUGUCGAGCGACACCUUCCUGGUCUCCUCCGUGCCACCAACGAGUGGUUCCGUAUCUACAAGAUUCCUGAUGGCAAGCCCGAGAACCAGUUUGCCUUCACUGGCGAGUGCAAGAACAAGAGCUACGCUCUUGACGUCGUCCGCGAGUGUGCUGAGGCCUGGGAGCGUCUCAUCACUGGCAAGACCCCUGCUGGCGGUGUCUCCACCACCAACGUCACUGUCCAGAACUCUCCUUCUCGCGUCUCCCCUGACCAGCUCCCCCCUCUGCCUCCCAACGAGGAUGUCCCCGCCGAGAAGAUCGAUGCUUCCAUCGACAAGUGGUUCUUCAUCAGCGGUGCCUCUGCUUAA